AUGAAACCUUCACCAAUUUUUCUAAGUGACUCCACUGCCGGUGAUCCGAGCAUGAACAUCUCUUCUAUUUUAGAGGACUUGACCAUGCCAAAGCCUGUAAUAAACGAUGAGUUAUACUUUUAUCUCAUGUUUAUUCUUCAAGGCACCGUGUGCCAGGCAAUCACAAUUUUCGGUAUUUUCACGAACAUCAUUAAUGUGAUCAUCUUCGUCAAGCAAGGUUUCUCAGAUACCAUCAAUGUUAGUCUGCUGGCGUUAUCUAUCUCAGAUCUGAGCUCCCUGCUGUUAAUAAUGUGGACCAAUCUUUGCUUCAGUCCAGCCAUCCGAGACUCCAAUAUUCCUAUGGUCACAACUGAAGUGCAUUUAAUAACCGGCACUUGGCCACACAUUGUUUUCACCAGAAUAACAGGGUGGAUAACUGCGUUCAUCAGUCUUGAGAGAUGCGUCUGUGUUAUUCAGCCUUUGAAAGUAAAAACUAUGUUCACUAGAAAGAGACACGUUAUAGCUAUGGUAGCCAUUUUUACCCUUACAAUGGGCCUUUCCUCUUUCGGUUACAUCCCAGGAGGACUUGGCUGGAAGUUCUAUCCUGAUAGAAACAAAACGCUUAUUGGAAUUGCUUACCAUCUAGGCGAAGACGGUAGAAAAUACACAGACGCUGUUUCGUAUGCUAUCAGCGGUAUAUUUAUGCCAAUAUCAUGUUUCUUGUCUGUUGUUAUCCUUACAACUAUUCUUGUAGUCAAGCUCAACCAAAAGAUGGCUUGGAGGCAGUCUAAUUCUUCAGCCGUUAUACAAAGCAAGCAAAAGUCAACUUCCGAUGGGGUCGUUAACUCAAAGGAAAGAAAGAUCGCCAAGAUGGUUGUACUGAUGUCUGUCAUCUUCAUUGCUUCAUUUUUGCCAGCCGUUAUUGUCUUCUUUACGGGAAUCAUUGUACCUACGUUCAACUAUGACAAGCUAGACAGAAAUUUAGUUUUUGUGAUGAUGUCUUUAACAAAUACGGCCGAGGUUAUAAACUCCAGUGUGAACAUAUUCAUUUAUAUCAGAAUGAGCUCCAAAUACAGGGAAACAUUUCUAAAAUUAUUCAAGCUGAAAACAACUGUAAAUAACAGAUAA